AUGGAGUCGGGGAAGAAUAUGCGCCAACGAGUUCGUCCAGGCAGAAGAGGAAGUGACUGCCGCAGCAGGCUGGCGUGGUCCGAGGAGGGGCGCGAGGAGCGUGCGACGAGUCAGGAAGAUAUGCGCCAAACGAGGGCAAAGGCCACGCAUGUAAGUUCUUGGAGCCCCCCGCGAGCGCACGCGUGUGACUGUGUGGCACAGGAGCUGCGCAAGCAGUGCCAGGACUUCGCGACGGCGCUGCUGGACCACACGCGCAGCUCGUACGAGCUGGAGGUGCUGCUCAACCACGACCCCACGGGCCCCGCCUUCGAGCACGGCGAGCGCAUGCAUCUCAACCGACUCAAGCUCGCCAUCAAGCUGCGGCAGAAGAAGUUUGUUGCACAUUCCAAUGUGCAACAACUACUGGCUUCCAUCUGGUACGAGGGUCUGCCCGGUUUCCGACGCAAGAACAUGGUACUACAAGCCCUAGAAAUUGUUCGCAUUGGUUGUAUGUUCCCGUUGUUCUCAGUGAUGUAUGUGUUAUUACCUCACUCACGACUGGGACAAACCAUGCGGAAACCAUUCAUCAAAUUCAUUUGUCAUUCAGCAUCAUAUUUCACUUUUUUAUUUCUACUGAUUUUGGCAUCACAACGCAUCGAAAGUGUAAUUGGAAACUGGUUCAGCAAAGAAAAGGAUAUUGCAUCAGAGCAACCAAUUGAUUUGACAGAAAAACGUGGUGCUGCACCGUCCAUAAUAGAAUGUUUCAUCUUGGCGUGGGUUUGUGGUCUUAUAUGGAGUGAAGUAAAGCAACUUUGGGAUGUCGGAUUAGAAGAAUAUGUCAAUGAUAUGUGGAAUGUCAUUGACUUUGUUACCAACUCAUUAUACGUUGCUACAGUGGCACUUAGAGUUGUUGCCUAUUACCAGGUUCAAAAGGAAGUGGCUGCUAAUGUUUCAGCUCGAGACAGACGAAGAGAAGAUUGGGACACUUGGGAUCCAAUGCUUAUAUCAGAGGGAUUAUUCUCCGCUGCCAACAUUUUCAGCUCGCUCAAAUUGGUCUACAUCUUCUCAGUAAAUCCUUACUUGGGUCCACUUCAAGUGUCUUUAAGCAGAAUGGUGCUUGAUAUUAUGAAAUUCUUCUUCCUAUAUGUUCUUGUUCUGUUUGCAUUUUCCUGUGGUUUGAAUCAGUUAUUGUGGUACUAUGCUGAUAUGGAGAAGCAAGUAUGCAUACUGAGCAAAGAUCCCAAUGCACCAAACUUUGUAAAUGUAACAGAUAGGGAUGCCUGUGUUGUUUGGAGGAGAUUUGCUAACUUGUUUGAAACCACUCAGACAUUAUUUUGGGCAGUUUUUGGCUUGAUAGAUUUGGAUAAUUUUGAGCUCCAGGGCAUAAAGAGCUUCACUCGCUUCUGGGGCAUGUUGAUGUUUGGAACUUAUUCUGUCAUCAACAUAGUGGUGCUGCUGAAUCUACUUAUAGCCAUGAUGAACCAUUCUUAUCAGCUUAUUUCCAAUAACCCUGCCAAGCUCAAGUUACUAAUUCGCCUCUCAGGAAGAUGGUUCUCUGCGCAAGAGGAACGAGCUGAUGUUGAGUGGAAAUUUGCAAGGAGUAAAUUGUGGAUAAGCUAUUUUGAAGAAGGUGGAACUGUUCCACCUCCUUUCAACAUCAUCCCUACUCCAAAAAGUAUCUGGUACUUUUUACAGUGGAUUCAUCAUAAAUUAUGUGGCCAUUCAAGAGCAGCAAAAAAGGAACAUAUGCGUACUAUACGUAGGAAAGUCAAGCAAGCAAGUGAGAGGGAUUUCCGUUAUCAGGGUAUCAUGCGAAAUCUUGUCCGGCGUUAUGUUACUGUGGAGCAAAGAAAGGCUGAAAAUGAAGGUGUCACCGAAGAUGAUGUAAAUGAAAUCAAACAAGACAUAUCUGCUUUCCGUUGUGAACUCAUUGAAAUUCUUAAAAACUCAGGCAUGAAUACUUCCACUGCAACUGGUACAGGAACUGGUUCUGGAGGCAAGAAAAAUCGACAAAAGGAAAGGAGGCUAAUGAAAGGUUUCAACAUUGCACCAGCAGCCAACAGUUCCAACCAACUUCCUACAGUGUCAGAGUUUAUGGCUAGUCUUGACCAAGAUCCAAAUGCACCCCAUCAUGGUUUACAGGAUAUUUUUGGCUCUACAACCUCUGGCAUUUUUGGUGGACCUGGGUCUACACCUAAAAAGUCUCCGCAUCAUACACAUUCAAGCAACAAUGUUCCUGCAAACGGUGAUCAUGCACAUCGUGUUCUCAGUCGUCUAGCUCCAAGGUUUCACAUUAAACGCUCAUCAUCUCAUAAAAGACGGUGGGGAACAUUGAUAGAAGCAGCAAAAUCAGGUAGAGUGAGUCGAUUAAUUGGCAGAAGUCGAUCAGAAGAUUCAGUAUGCAAUAGUCAUUGUCCCCAUCACAAUAACGGGUCAUGUAGUACUCAUAGUCACAGUAAUAGUCCUGCUUCAGAUGACAAUAUUACAGAAUCUCCUUCAGACUCAAAUCCCAGUCUUGUUGAUGCAUCUGUUGGAGGUGGUGGUUCAAUUGGGAUUCGACUCAGUGCUUUAGAAGCAUUGAAGCGAAAAAGAAAGAAAUUUUCAGCAUCUCGAAAUGUGAAUGUGACUGAUGUUGCUAGUGAUGUUAUUACACAAAAAGGAGUAUGUUGUGUUGCUAAAGGAAGUAAGAAACAAUUGCAGCGAGCUUCAAGUGUGCCCACACGUGCUUCAGAAUCUGUCACAGUGACAACACAUCGUCAUGACCAAGUACAAUCACAGCAGCAAUCCGUCGAGCUUAACCCUGUGCAGCAUGAGAUUUUGACUCCCUCAACCACUGAGGAAAGUGUUGUAGCCAAUCCAGGGACAAGUGGGGUGCAAGGAUCAUCAUCCUUGUCAACACAUCAGACACGUAUCCGGUCUUCUGCUACUGCGGGCAAAUCGCAAGAUGCACCCUCACAGAAGCCGCCUCCACCUGAAAAUAAACCUCAUAAUGGAUCUGUUGUGGUCCUUCCUAAUUUACCAGGAAUUCAACCUGUGAGUGGGCACAAUGUUUCUGCUGGUUGGCUUUGAAGAGAAAAUAAAUCAGUAUUUUUUAAGAAUAUUUAUUGUUUCAUUGUCUCAAUAAGUUUAAUACACAAGAAAAAUGUUUUCCAGUAAUUUGUGUUAUAGGUCCAGAAAUGGCUAGAUGACAUGUAAAACCAAACAUUUCUUGGGCAUUAUAUACAAUGAAACUACGCACUUACCAUUAAUGUCCAACAUAACAAUUCUUCAAUCAUUCACUUAGAUCUGUAAAAAGCAGACUCAAAUAUAUGCCCUCUGGUGUAUAAAUAUCAAUUGAUAGUUUUAUACAAAUACUUUAGUAUUCUCUUUGAACACAGACUGUAGAUAGUAGUACCUGAAACUGUGUACUUCUUUAAUAGAACUGGCAAUAUGUUGUGACUUAAAUGUAUUUGUAAACCCAAUAUUGGAUGUUUCCUCUACUGGGCAAAAUCAAUCCAAUGCACAAAUCAUUUUAAAAGACUUAUAAAAUAAAAUUUAUGUUAGUGGUUAUUGCUGAUUUUGUUUUGUUUCAGCCAUAUCAUUUUCUAACAUUAAAAUUAUUAAACACAUUCAUAUAUUCACCUUCUGUUUCCAACAUUAUCAUAUUUUACUGCACAGCACUGCUUUUUAUGUAGAAUAACAUCUCUGACUUUCCUAUUAGCAUCUGUUACAGUGAUCAAGAUAUACAAACCAAAUUCAUGAACCUCUGGGAACAAGGAACAAUAAGAGUGUGUCAUAUUUGUGUGAUAAUGAAUUGUCAUAAAAACUUUCUGUUCAUUAACUUGUUCAUAUGAACCUACUACACAAAGUUAUAGAAACACCUUAAAAACACGAAGGUACAUUUCAAACAUAAUUUUCAUUCCCAUGUGCAUUGAUAAUUAAUUUUAUUCUGUGAUAUUAAAGAAUAAUUAAAUGAAUAGAGAAUAAUUAUUUGAAGAUGUGUUGAACUACGUGCGCAAAGGCAGAAGAGUUGAGUAGUAGUUUGCAAUGCUUAUAUUUAUUCAAAUAAUUUAUUUCAGAACAAAAAUUCAAUUAACAUUAUAUGUGUAAAUAAAAUGUGCGUGCUAUUGAGAGAUAUUUUUUUGACAAAAUUCGUAUUUCAAUGAAGAAUGAAAAAAAUAUUUGGUACAUACAUAGUACUUAACAUGUUGAUAAUGAUUAGUUUGACUUUCUUGUCAAUAAUUCAUCAUUUCUGAUAUAAUAUAAAUAUAUUAUGAGUAUUGUGUAUUCAUAUUUUUAAUUCACUUGUGUCUUAUUGGGUGAAAAGUUUGUUACUAUCAAGAAGCUUUUGUUUCAGAAAAGUGUAUUACUUAAUAAUAAUGAUUUGUAUUCCAAAGGUAAAAUGACACACCUCUGAUUGGGUGCUUGCUUUUCCUUUUUAAUAUCUGUGGUUUUAGAUGUAAGAAUAUUGUAAGAAUUGUCAUCUUGGCUGUUUGAUAUUGCUUCCAUGAUUGUUGUAGAUUAUGAAAAGGCACUGAAACUGCCCAAUUGUAAUUUAUUUCUGAUUAUGUAUUAUUUGAACCUUAUUUAAUUCUAAUAAGAAUUUGCACAAAUUCACACAUGGUAUGAUGUUAUGGGGAGGAAACAAUAUUUUUAUAUGCUGUUCCUCAGAAAGUUCUUGUUUUUAAUAUCUACAUAAAAAUAAUUAUGUAUACAUAGUACUUUAUUGUUACAAGAAAGAAUUUUAAAUGGCUAAUAUCAAAUUUUAAUCUCCCAAUAGUUGACAGAGAGGCAUAAGUAGGAGGUAAAUAGAAGAUUAAAGGUAAAUGGAGUGGCAUCUGCUGAUGAUUUAAAAAGGAUAAAUAUGAAAAAUAAGAUAUCUGUCAGAGCAAGGUGAGGUAAUCCUAUGAUUUUCUCUUUUCCUUCUUUAUUAAUACUUUGUUUUCUGUUCAUGGUAUAAGAUAGCCUGUUGACCAUUGUUGUUGUAAUUCCAGUUUCAUUUAAGACUUUAAUGUUGCAGACAUAAUAUAUACACACUGUCAUAGUUGUACAUAUCAUAUUUCUCUUGAAAUUUGUCUCCAGAGCAAGUAUUUAGUUAAUGUGAAUUUUCUGAAAUGAUCAGAAAGUGGUAUUUUGUUGCUCUGAAAUUUGUGAUUUAUCUGGGUAAAGAAUAUUUGUCUUUAUAUGCUUUUAAAUACGUUAAACUUGUAUAUUUCACACAUAUGUAUAAUUUAAUAGAUAUGUUUAUGUAGUCAACUAACAUGUGUGGUAAGUACCUAUGUUUUAUAGUAUGUUACAUUAUCAUUGUAAUCAAUGCAUCUGAAAUGGAAACAGAUACUUGUCUCGCAAUAGCCUUGUUGUGAACUGAAAAAAGAAAAAGACAAGAAUAA